CGUGCCGCCGCGGUGCGGGCCCGCGGGCUGCGGGAGGCGCGAGCCGCUCCCGGUGCCGUGACGGUGAGCGGCGGGAUUGUGACGCGCAGCCGGGCUGGACGUGGGCGCAGCACCAGGGACGGCUGUCGGCGGGCUCGGCGCGGCCGUUGCGGCGGUUGGAGAGCGUUGCUGUCCACCGCCUGCAGCGGGAGGUGCGAGGAGAUGCUGACAUAGAAGAGUGACAGACGCUGUUGUCCAUGCCUCAGCACUGACCCACCUCCUCAGGUACCCUGGCUCUGGAAACUGCUAUGGGAGAUUGGAUAACUGUUACAGAUCCAGGUCUGUGUGCAGAAAACAAAAAUCUCUCUCAAUAUACCUCAGAAACAAAGAUGUCUCCAUCAAGUUUGUACUCCCAGCAAGUGCUGUGUUCUUCAAUACCUUUAUCAAAGAACGUGCACAGUGUUUUCAGUGCCUUCUGCACAGAAGAGAACAUUGAACAAAGUAUUUCAUAUCUUGAUCAGGAACUGACUACCUUCGGUUUCCCCUCCCUCUAUGAAGAAUCCAAAAGUAAAGAGAUAAAGAGAGGAUUAAAUAUAGUUGCUGUUCUCAACUGUAUGAAUGAGCUGCUCGUGCUUCAGCGGAAGAACCUGCUGGCGCAGGAGAGCGUGGAGACGCAGAACCUGAAGCUAGGCAGCGACAUGGACCACCUGCAGAGCUGCUAUAGCAAGCUUAAGGAGCAGCUGGAAACCUCCAGGCGAGAGAUGAUUGGGCUGCAGGAGAGAGACAGGCAGUUACAGUGCAAAAACAGGAAUUUGCAUCAGCUACUGAAAAAUGAGAAAGAUGAGGUACAAAAAUUACAAAAUAUCAUAGCCAGUCGGGCCACUCAGUAUAAUCAUGAUAUGAAAAGGAAAGAGCGUGAAUACAAUAAGCUAAAGGAGCGUCUGCACCAACUUGUUAUGAACAAGAAGGAUAAAAAAAUAGCCAUGGACGUUUUAAAUUACGUGGGUCGGGCUGAUGGAAAACGAGGCUCCUGGAGGACUGAUAAAACAGAAGCCAGGAACGAAGAUGAGAUGUACAAACUGCUGUUGAGUGAGUAUGAAUACCGCCAGAAGCAGAUCCUGCUGGAGAACGCGGAGCUGAAGAAAGUCCUCCAGCAGAUGAAGAAGGAGAUGAUUUCCCUCCUUUCUCCCCAGAAGAAGAAGCCCAGAGAAAGAGCAGAGGACGGCACAGGCGCUGUUGUCAUCUCUGAUAUUGAUGAAGAUGCUGGAGAGCUGAGCAGAGAGAGUGUGUGGGGCCUUUCCUGUGACACUGUGCGAGAGCAGCUUACAAACAGCAUCAGAAAACAGUGGAGAAUUUUGAAAAGUCACGUAGAAAAACUGGAUAACCAAGUCUCGAAGGUACACUUGGAGGGCCUUGCUGAUGAGGACGUCAUCUCCCGACAAGACCAUGAACAAGAGACGGAGAAGCUGGAGGCAGAGAUCCAGCAGUGCAAAGAGAUGAUCAAGGCCCAGCAGCAGCUCCUCCAGCAGCAGCUGGCUACCACAUGUGACGACGACACCACCUCACUGUUGCGAGACUGUUACUUGCUGGAAGAAAAGGAACGCCUCAAAGAGGAGUGGUCCCUUUUUAAAGAGCAAAAGAAGAAUUUUGAGAGAGAAAGACGAAGUUUUACAGAAGCUGCUAUUCGCUUGGGCUUGGAGAGGAAGGCAUUCGAGGAAGAGCGAGCCAGCUGGCUAAAGCAGCAGUUUCUACACAUGACGACCUUUGACCACCAGAACUCAGAAAAUGUGAAACUUUUCAGUGCCUUCUCCGGAAGUUCCGAUCCAGACAAUCUUAUAGUGCACUCCCGGCCACGGCAAAGGAAGCCACACAGUGUGGCCAAUGGGGUGCCCGCGCGUGCAUCAAAACUGACUAAGUCUCUUCCCGCUUCACCUUCCACUUCAGACUUUUGCCAGACACGCUCUUGUGUGUCUGAACACAGUUCCACCAAUGUGCUGAAUAUAACUCCUGAAGAAACCAAACCAAAUGAGGCUGGAAGAGAAGGUACGGGUCAGAAGUGGAGUGCAGUGUCCAGACCCGGCUCGCGGGAAGGCUGCUGCAGUGGGUGCUCCUCACCCUAUACACACUCUCACGUGGCGAGAGAUGACUUAUCUUAGGUGCACGGACUGCAGUGCUUUCGCUAACGUGUGCAUCAGAGUUGACACUGAGUUAAAACAGGGUGUAUCAUAAAGUCAGCAUCUAAUUUAAGAUGGUCUGAGUUGUCUGUCUGACUUCCCUGUCUUUCCCCAAAGAGCUGAAGCGCUGAGCUAUUUCAAAGGAUGCAAAGUUUGGGUGUGUUAGUAACAGAAGCAUCUGGCUCUGUGACAGGAGUGUGUGACGUUUGGAUGGAAACAGCACUAGAAGGAGUUCCUCCUCCAGGUACUGAAAAUAGCACUUUUAGGGGCCUGGUUAGUGUAAACAUUAUAUUUGUGUCCCAAAUAUGGUUGGCAUUGGAAGUUUAGCCUUUACUUGAAUGUAUACUGUAGAUUUUUAACAAAGCAAGUUCUAUAUUUAUUAUGUUUAGUGUGAUUUUGAGAUUACCUCUUUCAUAUGUUUUACAUAAAAGUAAAAUUUAUGUCUGUACAUAAAUAUACAUGAUUAUGUUAAGAGGCUUUAAGGUUUAAAAAUUUC